CAGGAGGGGUAUGUCAUCUGAGAUGUCAGUGUGUCUGUUGUAGUAUGCAUUUUGUCAUCAAAGUUCUUUUGCUUUAUAUGUGGAUGUUAAAAUAUGAAUGUAUAAACUUAACUUGACCUUUUCUAUUUUAGGAACUGUUUAUUUCAUCCCUCAUCUGUUUAAGCUUUGUGAACUUGACCAAGUAUAUUGUGUACAGUUGAAGUGUCCAGAGCUGCUGCAUCCAUGUCUUGGUUCUCCUGCCUCUUUAUUCUGUGGCCAUCCCCCUUCCUGCUGCUUGUGGGGCUUGUUGGCAGACAGCUGGGGCUCAGGGUUGGUCUGCAGGUUGUUCAGACACUGACGUGUUCUCGGUGGGGUUCACCAAGCGACCAAGGUCUGUUCCAGGAGGGAAAUGUUGUAAUUGGUGGGCUCUUCAGUCUCCGCUAUAAUCCUUCGGCUACAUACCAGGACUUUACUCAGCUGCCAUACUACCAAUCCUGCACUGGUUUGGAAAACCUUCCAUUGCAGUACAUGUAUGCUAUGGUUUUUGCUCUGGAUGAAAUCAACCAUAGUGCAACCUUGCUUCCAGGGGUGAAGUUGGGCUACGACAUUCGUGAUAGCUGUGGCAUACACCCUUGGGCAACACAGGCAGCACUGUCACUAGUUGGAGGAGACAGCAGCAGCUGUAAUUCAGCAGCACCAACAAACUAUUCUGCUCGGAAUAAAGAGGAGAUCAGCACAAGUAGUGGUGAUCAGCUCGUUCCUCUUAUCAUUGGUGGUUCUUCAUCUGUAGCAGCCAAGACACUUGCAAAAGUCCUGGAGCCACUUUCUGUACCUUUAAUGAGCUACACAGCCAGCUGCUCCUGUUUAAGUGAAAGAGCUCAGUAUCCAAACUUCUUCAGGACCAUGCCCAGUGACAUUUACCAAGCAAGAGCAAUGGCACAGCUUGCCAUUCGCUUCAACUGGACUUGGAUUGGGGCAGUGGUAGCAAACAACGAUUAUGGACACAUGGCAGUAAAGGUAUUUCAGGAGGAGACUAAGGGGAAAGAGGUGUGUUUGGCAUUUGUGGAAACUCUCCAAAGAGACAAAAUUGUGAGUGAUGCCAGACAAGCAGCACUCACAAUUCAGGCCUCAACUGCCAGAGUGAUUCUGGUCUUUUCCUGGUAUACAGACGUGAGGGAACUAUUCCUGCAACUAGCCAAGAUUAAUGUGACUGACAGACAGUUUCUGGCCAGUGAGGCUUGGAGCACCAGUAGUAAUCUCCUCCAAAAUCCUAUCACUUCCAAAGUGGCUAGUGGUGUUCUUGGUGUUGCCAUUAAAAGUUCAUCCAUACCUGGGUUUGAAAAUUAUCUACAAAGUUUAAACCCAUCUUAUCGCCCUGACGAUAAGUUCUUAAGAGAAUUCUGGGAAAAGGAGUUUGGUUGUAGUCCCGAAGCCACUAAUCUGUCUGCUUCUCGAGCAAACAGGUGGCUUGUAAAGUCUUCUCUUCCACCCUGCAGUGGUACAGAGUCCCUGGAGAACGUGCAGAAUCACUUGACUGACACCUCUCAGCUGAGAGUGACUUAUAAUGUCUACCUUGCUGUUUAUGCCACAGCCCAUGCCCUUCAUAGCCUUCUCUCGUGCCCAAACAGCAAGAGCCAUUCUGAAAACAACAGCUCCACUUGCUUCCUCCCAAAACACAUCAAACCCAUAGAGCUGAUGCAGCAGAUGAGCAAAGUGAACUUCACCACACCACAGGGUGAACUGUUAUAUUUUCAAGGGGGCGACGUUCCAGCAAAGUAUGACCUCGUCAACUGGCAGAAAACCCCUGAUGGGGCACUCAAACUUGUCCUGAUUGGCCGUGUUGAUGGAUUUAACCUUCACCUUGAUGAGUCAGCUAUUCAUUGGAGCACAGGAUCACAACAGGUGCCUGUUUCAGUGUGCAGUGAGAGCUGCCCCCCAGGUACCCGAAAGGCCAACAGGAAAGGAGAGCCCCUCUGCUGCUUUGACUGUAUCCCAUGUGCUGAUGGGGAGAUAAGCAAUACAACUGCUUCUCUUCAUUGUGAGCGAUGUCCAUCUGAGUUCUGGUCCAAUGUUGAACGAACUGCCUGCAUUCCUCGUCAGCUGGACUUCCUUUCCUUUAAUGAAACAUUGGGCAUUACUCUGACUACAGUAGCUGCAUCAGGUGCUGUGGUGACAACAGCUGUGUUUGUGGUAUUUCUUUGCUACCGUCAAACACCCAUGGUGCGAGCCAACAAUUCAGAACUUAGCUUCCUGCUUCUUAUGUCUUUGAAGCUCUGCUUCCUGUGCUCACUGGUGUUCAUUGGUCGUCCAUCAAUCUGGUCCUGUCAGUUCCAGCAGGCAGCCUUUGGGAUCAGCUUUGUACUUUGUGUUUCCUGCCUCCAAGUCAAGACCAUAGUUGUUUUGGCUGCAUUUCGCUCAGCUCGGCCUGGUGCUGGAGCCUUGAUGAAGUGGUUUGGUCCCAGUCAACAGAGAGGGAGUGUCUGCAUAUUUACAAGCAUA